AUGACAGCAUCUCAGAACGCUAUAAAGCUCUUACACGGUAAUUCUCACCCUGAACUUGCCAAGUUAAUUUCGAAAAAAUUAGGUAUAGGUUUAGCUAAGGUGGGUGCUUUCCAAUAUACAAAUAAAGAGACAGCCGUUGCAGUAGGAGAAUCCGUAAGAGAUGAAGACGUUUACAUUAUCCAAACAGGAUGUGGUGAAGGAGAAAUAAAUGAUUUUUUAAUGGAACUACUUAUUAUUAUAAAUGCUUGUAAAACUGCUAGUGCAAGAAGAAUCACUGCUGUUAUACCAAAUUUCCCUUACGCCAGACAAGAUAAAAAAGAUAAAUCAAGAGCUCCUAUCACCGCAAAAUUGAUAGCAAAUCUCUUGCAAACAGCAGGAUGUAACCAUGUUAUAACAUUAGAUUUGCAUGCAUCUCAAAUUCAAGGGUUUUUCAGAGUGCCGGUUGAUAACUUGUAUGCUGAACCCUCCGUAUUAAGACAUAUCAAAGAUAAUUAUGGUAAAGAGGACUUAAUUAUUGUUUCUCCUGAUGCUGGCGGUGCCAAGAGAGUUGCAUCGAUUGCUGAUAAAUUAGAUGUUAAUUUUGCUUUGAUUCAUAAAGAAAGACAAAAAGCCAAUGAAGUUUCAAAAAUGGUUCUCGUAGGUGAUGUCACUAAUAAGUCAUGUUUAUUAAUUGACGAUAUGGCUGAUACUUGUGGUACUUUGGUUAAAGCAGCUGAUGUUUUAUUAAAAAAUGGUGCUAAGAAGGUAGUCGCAAUAAUCACACACGGUAUAUUCUCUUCGAAUGCAAUUGAAAAACUUAAUAAUUCGAAUCUCGAUAAAAUCAUAUGUACCAAUUCUAUGCCAUUAGAGAAUAAGUUAUCCCAAUGUCCCAAAUUAGAGAUAAUAGAUAUAAGUGCUACUUUAGCUGAGGCUAUUAGAAGGUUACAUAACGGUGAAAGUGUGUCUUAUUUAUUUAACAACGCUCCUGCUUGA